GUUACAGUGUAACUCUGAAACUGCUCCAGAGGAACUCGUGCACGCGCAGCAGCUUCAGCAGCUCCUCCUCAUCUCAUCUUCAUCAGAUCUUCAUCUUCACUCAUUCUGCUGCACCGGGAGCUCGAGGCUCGCGGAUCAUGGCUCGGUUCGGUGUGGUGCUGCUGUUUCUGUCGGUGUUCUCUCAGCUUCACCGUGGAUCGCAGCACGAAGCAGGUGCGCAGCGCGCGCGGACGCGAUGGACGAACAACGGGCGCGCGUACCAGCUGGUAAGCCCGGGGUCCCGGUACGUGCCUCCGGGACGAAGAGAGGCGAGCCGAGCAGAAUCCGCGCCGGUGACCGUGAUCACAGACCGACAGAACACCAGCGCGGACUCUACUGACCGGAUGGUGUCCGAUGACCCCUACGAUCCCUACAAAUCCGUCAGGAACGCUCCCUAUAGUCCACACUACAACUACUACGACUCGUACUACAGACCCAGACCGAGAAGCGCGCUGAGGCACCACGGAUACGGAACCAGAUACUUCCAGAACGGUCUCCCGGAUCUGGUGGUGGACCCCUACAUGAUCCAGGUGUCCACGUAUGUCCAGAGAGCGCCCGUGUACAGCCUCCGGUGCGCGGCCGAGGAGAACUGUCUGGCCAGUUCUGCUGCAAACGCUCGAGAUUACGACACCAGGGUUCUGCUGAGGUUCCCCCAGCGCGUGAAGAACCAGGGAACCGCAGACUUUCUUCCCAGCAGACCCAGAUACACCUGGGAAUGGCACAGCUGUCACAAUCACUAUCACAGCAUGAAUGAGUUCUGUCAUUACGACCUGCUGGACUCCAGCACACAGCAGCGCGUCGCCGAGGGUCAUAAAGCCAGCUUCUGUCUGGAGGACACGUCCUGUGACCCCGGACACUACCGCCGCUACGCAUGCACGUCUCACACACAGGGUUUGAGUCCCGGAUGUUAUGACACCUACAGCGCAGACAUCGACUGUCAGUGGAUCGAUAUCACAGACGUCCAGCCGGGACGCUACACGCUGAAGAUCACAGUCAACCCAGGCUUCCAGGUGUCAGAGUCAGACUUCAGUAAUAAUGUAGUUCGCUGUGACAUUCACUACACCGGAAACUACGCGCACGUGUCCGGCUGCAGCGUGACGUCACACUAGGACUCGAGAGAACCCAGGAGCAGUGAACAUCACCACGACCUGCUGAGGAUCACAGAAAUAAAACCAAUAUCUGUGAAAAUAAUGAUGACAGACACGGAUCAAAACAUGCUCGGAGAAUGUCUCCUAACGUUAUGAAAGCAUCACUUCAAAGGGUUUUUAAACGCUCAAAGUAAAAUCGUUACUGAAACAUUCCAUCAUGAGAACGUUACAUUUGAACGUUCUCUCAAUGUUCAAAACAUCAGUGUUUAUGUUAAAAACAUCUCGCUGUUCAAACAUGCUGUGCUAUCAUUUUGAAAGUGAAGGAUUUCUGAACACAGGUCUAAGAACACGCAAAUAACAUCAGAGGAACGUUGUGAGAACAUUGUUCUAAGAACAUUCCAUUAACAUUAUUUUAAGAAGGAGUUCUGUUUAAUGAUAAAACUCCAUCCAGUCGUAGUUGUAGUGUUUUUUCUUUCAAUGCAUUAUCUAUGUUAAUUGUAAUGUUUCUACAAAUAGUUUGGUUUAG